AUGAAGUGUAGAGCAUUGAUUUUAUUCAUCGAUGAACAAUUUACUGAUCUAUUUAAAAUUUUGAAAAGUUUCCCAUUUAGUUUUAAUAAUCAUCAUGAAAUGCAAAGUUUAUGGUAUCAAGCACAUUAUAGACAGUUGGAAAAAUCUCGUGGUCAUCUGUUGAAUGCUGUUGGCAAGUAUCGUUUACGUAAAAGAUUCCCACCGCCUAGAACAAUAUGGGAUGGUGAUGAAGUGACUUAUUAUUUUAAAGAUAAGUCAAGAAAUUAUUUAACUGAACAAUUUGAAAAUAAUCCAUACCCGUCUAUUGUUGAAAAACAAAUGUUGGCGAAGAACACAGGACUCACGUUAACGCAAGUAUCUAAUUGGUUUAAGAAUCGAAGACAACGUGAUAGACUGCUCAAUAAUAUUAACAAUAAGGUGAAAUGUGUAGUUUCAGAAGGUUUGACAGAAACGAGGUCAACUGAAUUCAAUGUAAAAACAAGACCGAACUCUGAAGAAUUACUACGUAGUGGAGAACCAAGUGAAGUGAAUUGCCAUGAUCGCUGUAUAUUUCAAGUUGAUUACAAGCAUGGUCCUGCAAACUAUGAUGUCAGUUUCCAUUGUUGUCAAUCAGGAAAUUAUUCUACUCCAUCUUCUUAUCUAAAUUCUGGAAGGGAAGGAGGUUUUUCGACCACCAACAUCAAUUACUAUCGUUUUGACUGAAAUCCAGCAACUGGAGAAUUUUUCAUUUGUUUCGAUAAAUAAUUUGAUGUGCACAAG